GGCUAGCUUUUCUCCUCUUUUAUCUAUCUGCCCCUAUUCAUCAUAUUGGGAUGGCGAAAGCUUUGUUUCGUAGCCUGAGAUGGGUUUCUUCACUUGUUAAGCCUGAGCCAACAUCAUCUAUCACCUCCUUAUUUCUCAGGCCAAAAUUUCAUCCCCCAGAAUCAGUUUUCUUUCCGUCCAGGCACACAAUUCCACUGAAUCUACCAAACCCAUCCUGGACGUUUAGAAACUUGAGCCAUGGUACUGUAAACCUGGUGAUAUCAGAAGGGAAACCCAAGUUUGAAAGGCACGAGGUUGAUCCUCCAAAGAAGGAGAAAUGGCAGACGAAGAAGAGGCUAAAAAUGCAGAGAAUGAGAGAGAAGCAGAAGAGAAAAGAGGCUAAUAAGAGGGACCCACGUAGUCUGACUGUCAAGAGGAAGAAGAAGAAAUUUGCUAAUGCUGAAGAGAGAAUUAAGUAUAAGCUUGAGAGGGCCAAAAUCAAGGAAGCCUUACUGAUUGAAAGACUUAAACGAUAUGAAGUUCCUAAAGUUCAGGGUCCUGAGGUCAAACCAUGUGAUCUGACAGGUGAAGAAAGAUUUUUUAUGAAAAAGAUGGCCCAAAAAAAAUCCAACUACGUGCCAAUUGGUAGAAGAGGGGUAUUUGGAGGUGUCAUUCUUAAUAUGCAUAUGCAUUGGAAGAAGCAUGAAACUGUAAAGGUUAUUUGCAAGAAUUGCAAACCUGGCCAAGUACAGGAAUAUGGUCAGGAAAUUGCCAGGUUGAGUGGUGGGAUCCCCAUACAAUUUGUUGGAGAUGACACCAUUAUAUUUUAUCGAGGGAAGAACUAUGUGCAGCCAGAAGUCAUGUCACCAAUAGAUACAUUGUCCAAAAAAAGGGCACUGGAAAAAUCCAAGUACGAGCUGUCGCUGGAGUCUGUGAGGCAUUUCAUAACCGUUGCGGAAAAGGAGUUAGAGCUUUACUACAGGCACAUUGCACUUUAUGGUGAUCCAAAUAAUAGGAAUCCCCUUUCCAUCUUAGACAGUCCAACAAAUUAUUCAAAGGAAUCUCAGAAACUGAAAAAUGCAAGCGAUGGUUUGUCCUGUGAUGGAGUUUCUCCGGGUGUUUCAGAGACACAAGUUGAUUCCAGUGAUAAAGAAUUAUCAAUGUCAGAAAUUGAAGAUGACUACCUAUCGACAAGUGAAUCCGAUUCUUUAGGUAGCACAACUGAUUGGGAUUAUAAAGAAAGAGAAGAAGACAUCUCCUUGAUUACAGAAAUGAGAUCCUCCACAAGGUUAGGUGCUGGGUUGCAGUUUGAGAAUAAAUUUGACACUGAAAAUGAAGAUUAUUUAAGAGAAAUGAAUUGUGGGUAUGAAUCUUUCUAAUAAAUAAAAUCAUUGCUCCUUUUUAACUUCCA